AUGUCUCUCCCCUCAUCCUCCUCGAAACCAUCACAAACCACCAUCAAGUCGUUCUUCCAACCUCGUCAGCCCAAAUACGCCGCCCCUCCAUCGCAGCCACAGCCUCUGCCGAAAGGUCUCAGCUACGAGGCACCCCUUCUGCCGCCGUCCCUGACCUUCUCGUCGCAACCGAACCCCGCAUCGGCCACCGCCCAGACCGCCAUCGCGACCCCUCGGCCCUCGAGCCAGACCCAGACCCAGACCCAGACCCAGACCCAGACCCAGACCCAGACCCAGACCCAGACCCAGACCCAGGGCCUGACCCAGCAGCGCCCCGUCGAGAUCCCCGCCGAGGCCGCCAUCCGCACCCUCUCCGCCUCCGACAUAGCGGCCCUGCGCCGCAUCAACGCCCUGCUGCUGCCCGUCGCCUACCCAGACUCGUUCUACACGGCCGCGCUCUCGAGCCCCUUCUCCCGCGCCAUCACCUGGUCCGACCCCAACCCCGACCCCGCGCCCCCCGCCGCGCCGAAACUCAUCGGCGGCCUCGUCGCCCGCCUCGAGCCCCUGACGGCCACGACGCAGGCCCUGUACAUCCAGUCCCUGGCCCUGCUCUCCCCCUACCGCGCCCACGGCCUCGCGACCGCCGCCCUCGCCGACCUGCUCGCCGCCCCCGAGCUCGCCGCCCUCGCCGUCACCACCGUCUACGCCCACGUCUGGACCGAGAACGCCGACGCCAUCGCCUGGUACGCCGCCCGCGGCUUCGCCCGGGACCCCCGCGUCCAGGAACGCUACUACCACAAGCUCCGCCCCGACACGGCCUACGUCGUCUCCCGCGACCUCGCCGCCCCGCUGCCCGCCCGCCCCGCCGCCAUGGGCAACGCGUCCAGCGCCCCGGCCCCCAGCGUCACCGCCGCGGCGGCCAACCUGGCGCAGCCGUCGCCGUCCUCGUCGAGCCGGGAGACAGCAGCAGCAGCAGCAGCAGCAGCAGCCUCCCAGACGAGGCCGGGCCCGCCGCAGUCCCGCGGCCAGUCUUUCCAGAACAAGCGCGCCGAGACGGAAUGGAAUGAUCUCCCCUCCGACAUGGCCCCCAGCCUGCUGGCGCCGCCGUCACGCGCGAGCAGUGGGCCCGGCUCCGAGGCGAGUUCCCGGAGCAGCUCAACCGUGCGCAAGAAGAAGGACCGGUCGUAUCCCGCGGCAGCGUUUCAAUCUUGA